AUGUUUGGCACCAAGAGCAGUCCGCCAACAUCUCGAGGGCCUUCCCUUCGCACAUCCUCGGAGAAGCCUGGACACACCUCGCAUUCCGAGGGUGCAGAUGAAGGAACCAGUGGGCUUUAUCCAGCGACGACGGCCGGGGAGCUCCAUCGUGAGAUGUCCAUCCGGACUAUCUUCAUGCUCGGCAUCGGAGGAGGCAUAGGCACUGCGCUGUUUGUUAGUAUCGGCGGCGCCCUCAACACCGCCGGUCCCGCCAACCUUCUUCUCGGCUUCCUCGUCUAUAGCAUGGUCCUGGCCAACAUCAACAACUCAAUGGCUGAGAUGACGACCUACAUGCCCAUUAGCGGCAGUUUUAUUCGGCUAGCCGGCCACUGGGUUGAUGACGCUCUCGGGUUUGCAGGUGGCUGGAACUUUUACGUCUACCUCGGUCUCAUUAUCCCUUUUGAGAUUACAGCCCUGAGUCUCGUACUGUCUUACUGGAGCCCGCACAUUCCUGUGGCGGCCAUUUGUGCCGCUUGCAUCGUGCUCUACAUGUGGGUUCCUGGACCUCGGUGUCGUCGCUUGGAAAUCGCUAACAGUUACUUUGCCCCCAGCGCCAUCAAUGUCUUUGCGGUUCGCAUACCUAGCCAAACACCUUCAACUAAAGCGUUUUGGAAAGGAUUUUGGGCCACAGGUGUGAAUUCAUGUGACCUCAAGGGUGUUGAGUUGAAUGACAGUUACAAAUUAAUAGUAGUGUCUAAUCUUGACAAUAUGUUUUACUACCACUCUGGCAAGCGCCGGACGUACUCGCCUGAUCAUAGGCGCUAG